ACCCCCUUGGGGUUCAUUUCUGCCUUGUCCCCCGCCGAGAGCAAAGCCCAGCUUGACCACUUCUGCCACCAUGGUGCACUGGACCGCCGAGGAGAAGCAGCUCAUCACCAGCCUUUGGGCCAAAGUGGACGUGGCCGCCAUCGGGGGAGAAUCCCUGGCCGGUAUGAUGUGCGUCUACCCCUGGACCCAGAGGUUCUUCCCCGACUUUGGGAACCUGUCCAGCUCCACCGCCAUCUGUGCCAACCCUAAGGUCAAGGCCCACGGCAAGAAGGUGCUGACCGCCUUCGGCGAGGCGGUCAAGAACCUGGACAACAUCAAGGAAACCUUCGCCAAGCUGAGCGAGCUGCACUGCGAGAAGCUCCACGUGGACCCCGAGAACUUCAAGCUCCUGGGCCAAGUCCUCCAGGUCGUCCUGGCCGGUCACUACGGGAAGGACUUCACCCCGGCCUGCCACGCCGCCUACCAGAAGCUGGUCAACGUGGUGGCCCACGCCUUGGCCCGCAAGUACCACUGAGAAGGGGUCACCGCGGCCCCAAGGAGCAGCGGCAGCAGUGGCCAUCAUGAUCCUUGACCCCUGCCUGUGUGUGUGUGGGAGGGGGGAGUGAAAAGCCCCCUGUCCGCAUCGCUUGACCGUCCAAUAAAAGCUACCCCUGAAACCUGAGAAAACA